AAUCACGAGGACUCGCUCCAGUAAGUUUUCCUGCACCCCUCCUUCGUCUACCUGCAACUAGUUCGGUACGGGUCGACUCCGAAGAGCCGUUCACACUGCUCUUCGACUUGACAUGAGACUCCGUAUUCACGAACCUUUCGGGCUGGAUACUCUCCAGCCCAGAAGACAGUUGCUAUAUCUAUCAUGCUCUCUGUUUGAGGUCUAUGUACUGCUCGCUUUGAUGAAGGUCGUCGGACUGCUCAGCGGCGGAAAAGAUAGCUGUUAUAACUUAUGCCACUGUGUCAAGAAUGGCCAUGAUAUUGUGGCAUUAGCCACUCUAGGUCCCGAGGCUGGAACAGAUGAGCUUGACUCGUAUCUCUAUCAGACUGUGGGGCAAGAUGGAAUCCACCUCGUGGCCGAGGCCCUCCGGCUGCCACUGUACCGCCAAACUAUCAAAGGAACCCCCGUCGAGCUCGGCUCAGAAUAUGGAUCGCGCUGCCAUAAGAGCUUGAUGAAGGGCGUUGAGGGUGAUGAAACCGAAGACAUGUAUAAUCUGUUGAAUCGAGUCAAGUCCAUCCACCCAGAGAUCACUGCUGUCUCCGUUGGGGCUAUAUUGUCCAGCUAUCAACGUGUUCGAGUGGAAUAUGUUUGUCAGCGUCUCGGUUUGACCGUUCUGGCCUAUUUGUGGCAGAGAGAUCAGGCAGAACUGCUGCGUGAAAUGGUCGAGGCAUCCGUUGAGUCGGUGCUAAUCAAAAUUGCUGGGGUCGGUUUGAUGCCUGAUCACUUGGGCAAAAGCCUCGCCGAAAUGGAGCCUAUCUUGACCACUCUGAAUUCUAAGUAUGGUGCACAUGUGUGUGGGGAGGGUGGAGAGUACGAGACCUGCACGCUUGAUUGUCCGCUGUUUUAUAGCAGGAUCUCAUUGGAGAAGACCUUGCUCACCCAUCAUAACGAAAGCUCAAACAUUGCGCCGGUGGCAUACCUACGCUUACUCUCCGCCAAACUUUCUCCAAAACCAAGCAGCGUGCCCGAUUUGAAUGCAGUAACCGUGCCUCCAUUACUCGACGCAGAAUCCGUCAAGACCAAGCUUCAAGUUGGAACGCACCAACCCCCCUCACUUCAACGUACCCGUACAAGCCUUCGUGAUACUACAAACAGACAAUCGAGUGUCUCUGAAUGCGGCGACUGGGUGGUCAUAGCUUCAAUAUUUGGUUCAAGUUCCUCAAUCUCUCCCGAUAACAUUGAACAGACCUUAGAAAACGAAGUUGAAGAGGUUUUUAACAACCUCGAAGUGCUACUUGCGAAAUCCUCUCUGACCUUCGUGGAUAUUGCACACAUCAAUCUUCACUUGAGCUCGAUGGCCUAUUUCUCGGAGGUCAAUCGAGUUUACUCGAAGAAGUUUGGCACAUCGCCGCCCACACGAGCCUGUGUUGCGAAUCCCCUUCCCGGGACCGCCCGCGUGAUGCUCGACGCCAUCGUCAGACGACCAGCCACUGAUCUUCAUCAUCGAGACAGAGUGGCCCUCCACGUCCAGAGUCGCUCAUAUUGGGCCCCAGCUAACAUCGGUCCGUAUUCACAGGCAGUGAUGGUGGGAUCCAAGAUUUUUGUGUCGGGCCAAAUUGGCCUCGUUCCAGCAACGUUGACUUUACCCGUGCCAAGAUCAUUCAUGGAAGAAGCAGUUCUAUCGCUCCAACACGCCCGCCGGAUCCUAGCCACUUUCCCGGGCCCGCAAUGGAUCGAGAGCAUUGUCUGUUACUUGACCGAGAUCUCCCAUCUGGAGCAGGCUAGGAUGGUCUGGCAACACACCAGCUCAAUACAUCACAUCCACAUUCCGGUCUUGUUCCUCGAGGUCUCCGAAUUGCCUAAGGGUGCACUCAUCGAAUGGCAAGUCGUCGCAGGAACUGACCAGAGCUCAGCUGAUCAGGAUCAGGAUCAGGAUGAACUUGUCGUGCCUGGCCCCGCUUACGUCUCCCUUGGCCAACCUACAUUCUACGCAUGUCAUUCCCGACCUUCUCGGGCCCUCACAGUCAUUGGGACUCUUCCAAAAGAUCCAGUCGUUGGAAUCGAGUUACCUCCACACCAUGCGACAUACAUCCGUGGCUUCCACACCGCACGGAUUUCUGCAGUCGAAGCCGAAAGAAGGAUCAGGGACAGUUUCGGUUCAAGACAGGAUCAAAAAGUCGACGACUGUGCCUUGAGCUUGAGUUGUGUGAACUCGAUCGGCUUGAAUACUGGCGCAGCUGAUUUGGACAUCGGAUUUUAUAUGAUGGGCGUUCUUUCACAGUAAACACCUCGCAAAUCAAAUCUCUGCGUCUUCCAGCCUUUUGGCCUUUGUCAUGUUGCGAAUAUAUCUCUGUGAGGACUUUUUGCAUAUCGGGCUUUCUUCCCACAGUAUAUGCUUUCAAUCCACCGCUUUCUCAUCUUCUCUGAAAAUCGACAGUGUUAGAAAUCAGGGACGUGCGGACGUCCCCUCUGAUCCUAACCUCUUGCUCAGAAUUCGAGUGAUCAAUUGAUGCUGAGCUGUACAUUUUCGAUAAUGUUAUAUUGAAACUCAUGUCUGUAUAUACAAUUUUACAUCUUCUUUCACAAGGUCAAAAAGGUCUUAGUUGAUGGAUGGUUUAAGAACAGUGCAUUGCUGAACCUUCAACCCGGUAACCAGAGUACCACUAAACCACAGGAACCUUGAAUUUGCUUGGAUUGAUUGCCCUUCUGUUUUGAAUGUGACACGAAAUAAGUGCGGUGAUGAAUUGAG